GAUUUUUGUUGUUUCGUUCUACUUCUCCACUUCUCAGUUUCUCUGAUGACUCACUGCGACCAAUCUGCCGCCACCCCGCGCACCAACCUGAGCGCCCUUCUCGGCCUCGACGCUGCCACGACGUCUGCACCGUCGUCAUUCUUUGCGACCGCCUCAGCCUCGUCCGGAGUUGACGCUGCGAGUCGCCGUUUGAACGCGCUGUUUCCGAUGACUUCGCUGCUCUCCAGCGCGCCGUGCGCAUCGUCCUCGUCCUCGUCGUCAUCCAAGCCACCUCAGCAGGUGCUGCGUUCGGCAUCCGCCAACACCUCAUCAGCGCCUGCUGCGUCGUCCACCAGCCACAGCAACAGCAGCAACAUCAGCAGCAGCAGCAACGGUAGCAGCAAGAGUCAGCGAUCGCCGACGGCUCAGAAAUCAAACUCCCGUCGGCGCGGGUCGCUAAAGCACACUCAAUCACUCCCACACAAAAUGCCGUACAAGAUCUGCAUCAUUGGCUCUGGCAACUGGGGCUCGGCCAUCGCAAAGAUCAUUGGCAACAACGUCCAGGCACACUCGGGCGUUUUCGACCAGCACGUCACAAUGUACGUCUACGAAGAGGUCGUCAACGGCCGCAAGCUCACUGAAAUUAUCAACACGGAGCACGAGAACGUCAAGUACCUCCCCGGCAUCAAGCUGCCCAGCAAUGUUGUUGCAGUGCCCGACGUCGUCGAAGCUGCCAAGGAUGCCAACAUUCUCGUCUUUGUUGUGCCCCAUCAGUUCGUCAUUAACAUUUGCAAGUCCCUCCACGGCAAGAUUGCCCACGACGCCAAGGCCAUCUCCCUCAUCAAGGGCAUUGACACGACGAACGGCAUCCAGCUCAUCUCGGACGUCAUUCGCGACGAGCUCAACAUUGAGGUCGGCGUGCUGAUGGGCGCCAACAUUGCUGGCGAGGUUGCGGCCGAAAACUUUUGCGAAACCACGGUCGGUUGCGCGAAUGUGCGAAUGGGCGGCAUCUACAAGCAGCUCUUCAACACGUCGUACUUCCGCGUGAACGUUGUCACAGACACCAUUGCAGUAGAGCUGUGCGGUGCACUCAAGAACAUUGUUGGUGUUGCUGCUGGCCUCGCCGACGGCCUCAAGCUGGGCGACAACUCGAAGGCUGCCAUUAUUCGCAUUGGUCUCUGCGAGAUGAUGAAGUUUGCGCGCCUCUUCUACAACUGCAACGACUUUAUGGUGUACUUUGAGAGCUGCGGUGUGGCGGAUCUCAUCACCACCUGCGCUGGUGGUCGAAACCGAAAAGUCGCCGAGGCCUACGUCCAGACUCGCAAGCCCUUCCAACAACUCGAGGCCGAGUUGCUGAACGGCCAAAAGCUCCAGGGCACUCUGACCGCCAAAGAGGUAUACCACGUUCUUUCCGAGAAGAAGCUGACACAGGAGUUCCCUCUCUUUACUGCCGUCUACCAGGUCUGCUUUGAAAACCUUGAUCCCCAGCUGUUCCUGACCAGCUUGUAAAACUCGAUCCCCUGCUGUUCCUGACCAGCUUGUAAAA